CUCUCCCACUAAAGGUAGAAUAAAAACGAGGUAAAUCAGUUUUCUAUUAGAGAACCUUCGGUGUAUUUGGCGAGUAAUGACAGGUGUGUUUUUUCAAUAAGAUUUCCUCCAUCAUUCAUUCAGGUUGGGGAAAAAACUUCGUGGCGAAAAGUACAAGACAGCGUUCGAUUCUUAUUGACGUUAUUUUUAAUUAUUCCGUUUACAGAAGGUAUAUUUCUCUGGCAAGAUCCUUUCUUAGCUAGAACAAGGGUUGAAUAUUUGAAAAGGAGUAUUUUAUGCUGUGUCCAUUUUCUCAAACACGCAUUUCGAGCUGUAUCUGGAAUAAAAAUCUUACCGGCAAGAUAGUAGACAAGGGCAUCAUUCAGGAUUACAGCGAAAUUCGAACCUGCUACCUCCACAGCGCUUUCGGAGAGAGAUCUCUUGGACCGCCAUGACUUCUUCUAAAUAUUACAGAUUUUUCUUCGUCGCUUUUACAACAGUAUGUUUGUAUAUCGCAUACUUUGGAUUUUCAGGCAAAAAUGAGUUGCAGGAGAUAUCAGAUGAUACUGAGGCACUUACUAUUCAUGUCAACCGUGGCAGACUGGGCAACCAGAUGUUCACCUACGCCACCCUCUGCGGAUUGAGCAGACUGAACAAGAGGAAAAUGCAGAUGAUGCCCAAGAAUUACGAUGUCCUCUCCGAAUAUUUCGAUAUUCAUACACACUUGAUCAACGAAGCUACGUUUGUCGAAAAGAAUCCUUGGUUGAUUCUAAGCUGGCUAAGGGAUGAGGACCAUCGAAUUCCUGUUGACUCGAACAUUAUCAAGGGGAAUGCCUACCCGAAUUCUUAUACGUUCUUUCAUCAUAUCCACCGAGAAGUCAGGGAAGUCUUCCACUUCAAGCCGUCCUUCGUAAAGCAUGCUCAAGACCUUCUGUGGGAGUUCAAACGACAAAAGCCUCACACUCAAGUUUAUGUGGGAGUUCAUGUUAGAAGAGGAGAUUACUUAAACAACUCUAGAGGAGGAGGAGGCUGGCUGAAGCAUCGUAAUGGCAGGGAAGUAGACAUGGCUUACUUCAAAAAAGCCGUCGAACAUUUCACAACAAAGUUCGAAAAUGUGACAUUCCUGGCAGUGAGUGACGACAGAGAGUGGUGCAAGACAAACCUCUCUCCUCUGGGAAUCCUGACAGUGCCGGACAGUCCGAGUCCUGGACACGACAUGGCGUUGCUUGCCGAAUGUAACCACACCAUCAUGACAUACGGUACUUUUGGUUUCUGGGGUGGUUAUCUGGCAGGGGGUGAAGUGGUGUACUUUUCAGAUUUCCUGAAACCGAACACUACGUACAGAAAAGAUUAUUUUAAGUACAAUAAAAUGUAUCUACCAGAGUGGAAAGGUAUUUCAACGACCGAAACUGGAUUUUGGGAAACAUAUUCUACUUCUAAAAAUACUAGAUAGCAUCCUCAAAGUGUAGAUGCUACUUUACAUUCAUUAUUUCUGCGUAUCAUGUUGGUCAAUUGAAUAAUCCGGUUUUUUGCAGACAGCAGCCGCCAUUUUGUAAUGAGCCAGUAUAUUAAGAAAAGUCUUUAGUUCAUUUUCUACUCAGCUGUUCUUGAGAGUUUAGGCUCAUUUCAAUAUACGAUGAAUUACACAGAUUGAAUUUGCUUAGGCUUAUGGAGAUAAACUUUUAAUAAGGCUAUUUACGAUAAGUCUCCACUGUUCCUGGCUUAUUGUGAAUUGUCUUAAGUAACUCUGGUUAAUGGAGUGAUAUAUUUUCAAAUUAUCCGAUAAGUAUGUGGGCUCACUGUGAUAGGCUUAUUAAAAAGCGCUGGAGGCUUUUUCUAAAAAACCUGGGGCCAUGUAAAAAGGACUGCUUCCGUUUGCAAUAUUAAGUUAUCUCUUGAUGAAGAGAUACUUUUUUUCCCGUGUUACGAGAGUAAGUCAGAAGAGAGAUCUAGUUUUCUAUGUGAAACUUUUUAUAAUUGUGUUCACUGAUUUUUGUCUUAGCUUAUUUUACUUUUAUACAUUUGUGAUAAUGCUGACACAUCAUUUUCAUAAGCACAUUAUGACAUAUUAGAGCUACAUACUUUGUUUAGUCAUUAUAAUAAAUGAUCUUUAGAACACAUUUGAAUUUUUGUGUACUUUAUUAAGACGAAUAAUGAUCUAUUUUAUAGGCACAGAAUGAUAUAUCGGAUUUUCUAUAUACUUUACUUAGUUUAUUAUACAGAAUGCUUGCAGGUUUUCAAUGUGUAAAAUAUGUACAAUAUUAAUUUAAUUUAAAGAUUGAUUUUUUAAAUGAAAAAAUUUUGGCAAUUAGAUAGAUAACAUUUGUGGAGUGGAAUCUUUUUAUAGGCUCGUAAUGUCAUUCCGCAUACUUUGGUUGCCGUGGUUACGCUAAGAAUGCUUGUCAUUAUGUUGAAGAGUCAAUUAGCAUUUCAUAUCUGUAUUCUAAGUGUGUAAUUUACUUUAAGAGUGAUAUAGCCUUAUAAUAAAUUUAAAACUACGUUUUCUUGUUUUAAUUUUAACUAGAGUACAAGAGAUGUCCAAGCCAGAGGCUGAAUAUCACUCGGUUAAUAUUAUUUUACCAGUUACUCUAAUACUGAGGUUGUGAAUGGCAACGAGCUGUUGACACUAUUCCUAUUGGACAAUUCUUAUUCCUAUUCUAAAAAAACGUAUUUUUAUGAGUUGUUACUUGUAAUUUAUUAAUCAUUGAUGGAUUGCCGGUAGGCAAAUAAGUGAAAAGACAUCAGCUUAGACAUAUAUAUUAAGUUUUGAAGCGUUUGUUUAAAUGACCAGAGAGUGAUAAUAGUCUUUGCAAAAGCGUGGAAAGACUGUUGAUGAUUUUGCUAUUUUUUGGUUGUGCUCGUUAGAAUCGUUAGAACUUUGGGAAAUUU